CGCGGCGGGCCGCUGAUGGAGCGCGCCAGCCGCCCGGGGUCGCUGGUGCGGGCGCUGCUGCUGCCGCUGCUGCUGGCCCUGAGCGCGGGGACCCGGGCCGCGGCGCGCGCCCGCGACCUCCCGGCGCCGAGGGCGGAGGCGGCGUUCGGCCUGGGGGCCGCGGCCGCCCCCACGUCGGCCGCGCGAGCGCCGGCGGCCGGGACCGUGGCCGCGGCGGAGGUGACGGUGGAGGACGCCGAGGCGCUCCCCGCAGCGGCGGGCGAGCCGGAGUCGCGGGGGCCGGAACCCGAGGCCGAGGCCGAGCUGCGGUCGCCCGGCAGAUCAUUAGUAAUUAUCAGCACUUUAGAUGGAAGAAUUGCUGCCUUGGAUCCUGAGAAUCAUGGCAAAAAGCAAUGGGAUUUAGAUGUGGGAUCUGGUGCCUUGGUUUCAUCCAGCCUCAGCAAACCAGAGGUGUUUGGGAAUAAGGUCAUCAUUCCUUCCCUGGAUGGAGACCUCUUCCAGUGGGACCGAGACCGUGAGAGCAUGGAAACAGUUCCUUUCACAGUUGAAUCCCUUCUUGAAUCUUCUUAUAAAUUUGGAGAUGAUGUGGUUUUGGUGGGAGGAAAGUCCCUCAGUACAUAUGGGCUCGGCGCAUACAGUGGAAAGGUGAGGUACAUCUGUUCAGCUCUGGGCUGUCGCCGGUGGGACAGUGACGAGAUGGAAGAAGAGGAGGACAUCCUGCUUCUGCAGCGCACCCAGAAAACCGUCAGAGCUGUCGGGCCCCGCAGCGGCAAUGAGAAGUGGAAUUUCAGUGUUGGCCACUUUGAACUUCGGUAUAUUCCAGACAUGGAAACUAGAGCCGGAUUUAUUGAAAGCACCUUUAAGCCCAGAGGAAACAAAGAAGAGUCUAAAAUUAUUUCAGAUGUGGAAGAACAGGAAGCUGCCACGAUGGACGCGGUGAUAAAGGUCUCGGUGGCCGACUGGAAGGUCAUGGCGUUCAGCAAGAAGGGAGGGCACCUGGAGUGGGAGUACCAGUUUUGCACUCCAAUUGCAUCUGCCUGGCUGGUUAAGGAUGGGAAAGUCAUUCCCAUCAGUCUCUUUGAUGAUACAAGCUACACGUCGAAUGAGGAUGCUCUGGAAGAGGAGGAAGACAUUGUAGAAGCUGCCCGCGGAGCCACAGAGAACAGCGUUUACUUGGGAAUGUAUAGAGGCCAGCUGUAUUUACAGUCAUCAGUCAGAAUUUCAGAGAAGUUUCCUACAAGUCCCAAAGCCUUGGAAUCUGUCAAUAAUGAAAAUGCAAUUAUUCCUUUGCCAACAAUCAAGUGGAAGCCUUUAAUUCAUUCUCCUUCUAGAACACCCGUCUUGGUAGGAUCUGAUGAAUUUGACAAAUGUCUCAGUAAUGAUAAGUUUUCUCACGAAGAGUACAGUAACGGUGCCCUUUCGAUUUUGCAGUAUCCAUAUGAUAAUGGCUACUAUCUGCCGUAUUACAAGAGGGAAAGGAACAAACGGAGCACCCAGAUCACAGUCAGGUUCCUGGACAACCCCAGCUACAACAAGAACGUCCGCAGAAAGGACCCCGUCCUCCUCUUACACUGGUGGAAGGAAAUCCUGGGGACCAUUGUGUUUUGUAUCGUAGCAACAACCUUUAUUGUGCGCCGACUUUUCCACCCUCAUCCUCACAGACAAAGGAAGGAAUCUGAAACUCAGUGUCAGACAGAAAAUAAAUAUGAUGCUGUGAGUGGUGAAGCCAGUGACAGCACCUGGAGUGAUCUGAAAAGCUCUGGAUAUGUGUCGCGAUAUCUGACAGAUUUUGAACCAAUUCAGUGCCUGGGUCGUGGAGGCUUUGGAGUUGUCUUUGAAGCCAGAAACAAAGUUGACGACUGCAACUAUGCCAUCAAGAGGAUCCGUCUCCCCAACAGGGAGCUGGCUCGGGAAAAGGUGAUGCGGGAAGUGAAGGCCCUAGCCAAGCUCGAGCACCCGGGCAUAGUUAGGUAUUUCAAUGCCUGGCUGGAGGCGCCGCCAGAGAAGUGGCAAGAAAAGAUGGAUGAAAUCUGGCUAAAAGAUGAAAGCACAGACUGGCCACUCAGCUCUCCCAGCCCGAUGGACGCGCCAUCAGUUAAGAUACACAGAGUGGAUCCUUUCUCUACAAAAGAACGCAUUGAAAUCAUAGCUCCUUCACCGCAAAGAAGCAGGUCUUUCUCGGUCGGGAUUUCCUGUGGCCAGACGAGUUCGUCCGAGAGCCGGUUUUCUCCACUGGAUUUCUCGGGGACAGAGCACGGGGACGGCAGUGGGUCUGUGGAUGCAGCCUCCAACCUCCGGGACAGUUGCCUCACAGACUGCGAGGGGGAAGACGGGACCAUGGAUGGCAAUGACGAGGGACACUGCUUUGAACUGUGUCCUGCGGAAGCCUCUCCUUCCGUCAGGUCAAGGGAGAGAACCUCCUCUUCGAUAGUGUUUGAAGAUUCUGGCUGUGAUAAUGCAUCCAGCAAAGAAGAGCCCAGAGCUCUCCGGCUGCCACUCGGCAACCACUGUGCUGAUAAACUGACCCCUUUGCAGCCCUCGAGCAGCAACUCCUCCUCGGAAGCUACCCUGUCUGUUUCUCCUCCGAGACCAACCACACUGAGUCUGGAUCUCACGAAGAACACUACGGAGAAGCUCCAGCCCAGCUCCCCGAAGGUGUACCUGUACAUCCAGAUGCAGCUGUGCCGGAAGGAGACCCUCAAGGACUGGAUGAGCCGGCGCUGCACCAUAGAGGAGAGGGAGCGCGGCGCGUGCCUGCACAUCUUCCUGCAGAUCACCGAGGCCGUGGAGUUCCUGCACAGCAAAGGGCUCAUGCACAGGGACCUCAAGCCUUCCAACAUAUUCUUUGCAAUGGACGACGUGGUCAAGGUUGGAGACUUUGGAUUAGUGACGGCAAUGGACCAAGACGAGGAAGAGCAGACAGUUCUGACCCCAAUGCCAGCUUACGCCACACACACGGGACAAGUAGGGACCAAACUCUAUAUGAGCCCGGAGCAGAAUCACGGAAACAACUACUCUCAUAAAGUGGACAUCUUUUCAUUAGGCCUGAUCCUGUUUGAGUUGCUGUACCCCUUCAACACGCAGAUGGAGAGAGUCAGAACCUUAACUGAUGUGCGAAAUCUCAAGUUUCCGCCGGUGUUUACUCAGAAGUGUCCUCGUGAGUAUGUGAUGGUCCAAGACAUGCUCUCCCCAUCCCCCAUGGAACGGCCCGAAGCAACAAACAUCAUUGAAAAUGCCAUAUUUGAGGAGUUGGAGUUCCCAGGGAAAACCGUGCUCAGACAGAGGUCGCGCUCCGCGAGUUCUUCAGGAACAAAACAUUCAAGACAGCCCAGCAACUCACAGAGCCCUGUGCCAGGCAACUAGCCUGGUGGCAGCGAGCAGCCCACUGCCCAGGCCGGUGGCUUUCCCAGACCACGGCCUUGAACAGACUGGGCUGCUUUCUCUAAGUCCCAUUUAAACUGGAUUUGGGGCGCUGCGUGAUUGGAGCAGCUCUUCAUUUCGGCUGUACUGAAGAGGAGAGCCGUGGAAACGACCAGGGGUCAUCGUCCCUGCUGGUCUCUCGAAGCCCUUGGCUGAGCUUUGGGGCCCUCACCUUUUGCCCGGGGAGGUAGAAGCCACCCUUGUAUCAGGUGGAGAUUUUAAAUGGAGAUAUUUUUAUAGUUCAGAAGAACGAAAGCCCCCCUGCCCCCACAUGUGGUAACCACAUGGUUCUAGAAAUAGGCUUUCUAGAGAGACGAUGGUUUUGAAAGUGAGUUCCCAAAAAGCUGACUCCGUGUUUCGUCCCUGGUGGGUGAAGUAGGAAUCUGCACUAUUUGGGAGGAGAAGCAGCACAAAUUGUAUACUGGUUUCCAUCUGUAGUUUUCUAGGCGUUUUUGUAGCAUUAAAUAGCUUUAUUCCUUAGAUGGUUCUAGGGAGAAUUUAAGAGCUUUUUGUACUUUUUACUUCCAAUGAAGGGGAAAAUGAAGCUUUUUAGGUAAAUUGGUCAAAAGUUCUGGGUUGGGGAGGAAAAAGCUGUAGUGAGAAAUGGCUCCUAUAUUACAACUAACUUCUUCAAUUGUGGACUCUUCGACCUAACGCGAGCCUAAGCGUCUUCUUUGUAAUCCUGUAGAUUGGUACUUCCCCCAGACUGAUUAUAGAUAACAGUUUAAUCAUCUCACUUGCUAACGUGUUUUUUUCUUUUUCACUGUAAAUAUGUUUAUUUUUUAUUUAUAAAAAAAUCCCAGAAUCAAUCCGUUUGGGUUGGUGGUGUACAGAACGCACUUCAGUGUGUUAACUAUUGUGACUUCUUUCAAGUCUAA